AUGGAUCUUUGCUGCCGCUGCACUUCUUGCUGUGAACACAGAAAGGCAUCACCUAAACCAGCAAUACAUCCAUGGACGAUGCCCGAAAAGCCUUGGUCUCGUUUGCAUGUAAAUCAUGCCAUCAACUUCAUGGAGCAUAAUUGGUUAGUAGUCACUGAUGCUUACACUAAAUACCCUUGUAUCCAUGCCACUACUUUCGUUUCCAGUAAGACUACAAUGGAUUUGUUAGAGGAAGAUUUUGCACACUUUGACUAUCCACAUACCAUCGUGUCUGACAAUGCCACCUGCUUACUUCUGAAGAAUUUCAAAACUACUGGAAGGAGAGAAGCAUUGUUCAUCUAA